AUUUGAAAUAUAUUUUUUCAGAUUAGUAUGUUGGGGAAAGUGAUUAUUAUCCUGGGUCAUGCUUACUGUGGAGUAGUUGGAGUAAUCGUAACAUACUUCAUCAGGUUCAUGGAGUACGUUGCCAGGAACCUGAUUGCGUUUGUAGAGAUGUUAACAGGAGCAACUUUCAUCAUGCCAGAGCUGCCUAAGGCAAGAGUAAAAGUGGACCCAAUUUACCAGGAGAAGGACAACGAGAUGGUUGACGAGCCAGCAACUCUAAGAGAUUCUCCGUUCCCUAUCAAGGAAUCAGAUUUGAUCAAUAAAUGCAAGGAUGUGAUAAAGGCACAGUUUGGCUGUGAUAAACAAGAUCUGUUAGCAGAUGAUUUCCUCUUCGUGUUUCCUGUAGUUGGUCCGCUGUCAAAGAAGGAUUUUGUCGAGAUAUUUUCCUCCUUCAAGAUGUCUAGUUCUUUGACCGGAAGUCCUAAUUAUUUCAAUUUCUCUGUGGAUCCAAUGGAGCCCAACAGGGUCUGGUUCUUCUCCAGAUCUGUUCUAAAGCACACAGGAGAUCUGAUAUUCGGACAUCAAGUCAUAAAACCAACAGGAAAGACUAUUGUAUCUCCACCCCAGGUUCUCAGCAUGAGCUUUAACGAAGAGGGUCAAUGCUACAAGUUUACAGGAGGGUAUUCGGUAGAUAGAACUGUUGGAAACACUGGAGGUCUAGGGGGUCUAUUCGGUAUUCUUCAGGCUGUGGGAAGUCCUCUUCCCUUCCCUGAGGGACAACCCUGGACCCCUUCUCUAGCUUGGCAAUCUUAUGCCAAACAUUUCCCAAAUAUUCCUAAAGUUUGGAAAAGCUGAUUAUAAAGAAGAAGAUCGGUGUAAUCAUUGUACAUCUCAUGAAACUCUCUUAACAUAAUUAAAUCAAUGAUUUUAUACAAUUUUUAUUAAAUUAGAAAACCUGUGA